AUGGCUCAUCAUCAUCACCACCAUGCGGCGUCGUCAUCGGAGUGGGAGCACAAGUGGGGCAGCCUGGCGGCGGAGCUGACGGCGGGGAGGGACGUGGCGAAACAGCUCCAGCUCAUCCUCAGCUUCACCCCCCCGCAGCCCUCGUCAUCGGAGCAGGCGGCGACGAGGGAAGUGCUGGUGCAGAAGAUCCUUGCUUCCUACGAGAACGCGCUUUCCAUGCUCAGCAGUAGUAGGAAGAUGACGCCAGCUGAUCAGCACCACCACUGCCCGAGCCAUCGUGACGACGGGGACAUUGGGACGGUGGUGAUGAUGACGAUGAAGUCGUCGGAGUCGUCGCCGCCGGGGACCAGGAGCGGGAGUCCGGGGAGCGAGGACUCUGACCACGACCUCUUCAAAGACACCACCUCUUCUUCUAGGAAAAGGAAGAGCAUUCCGAGGUGGACGCAUCAGGUGAGAGUGGGCCCAGGGAUGGGCCUUGAAGGCCCACUUGACGACGGCUUCAGCUGGAGAAAAUACGGCCAGAAGGACAUCCUCGGCGCCAAAUACCCUAGAGGGUAUUACAGGUGUACGCUGCGAAACGUGCAAGGCUGCCUGGCCACAAAGCAAGUCCAGAGGUCCGACGACGACUCCACCGUAUUCGAGAUUACGUACAGAGGAAGGCACACCUGCACCCAAUCACAAUCACCAUCCACGUCAUCAUCUCCGGCGCCAAAUAACAUCUCUCCUCGACCAUCCGAACCAGCCAUGCCGCCGGCGGCGGCAUCAGCAAAGGACCGUCAACACGAGCAGCUGCUCCUCAACUUCCGUAGAGGACUCAACGUCGUGGUAACCGACGACGGCUCGGAGUUCGACUGCUCUCCCCCAACCACCGCCACCGCGGCUACCACUUUCGCCGGAAGCUUGUUCUUUCCUCCGCCGCAGGUAAUUACUACUAGUGACAACAACACUAAUAUUAGCUACGGGGGAGAGCAGAGUACAACGGCUGCAGCCGCUCCGCCGGCGACGGUUGGAUCGGUUGACUUCCCGUUUGGCAACAUGGACCACUUGUUUGACGAUCAGACGACCUUCACGUUCGACAACUCCGGCUUCUUUUCCUAG